AUGGUCAGAGCUGAAGCUAAGGCUAAAGCGAGAGCUAAAGCUAGGGGUAAAGUUAGGAUUUACUAGACUAAGGCUAAGGCUAGGGCUGGAACUAGAGCUAGAGCUAGAGCCAGAACCAGAGCCAGAGCCAAAGCCAGAGCCAGAGCCAGAGCCAGAGCCAGAGCCAGAGCCAGAGUUAGAGUUCGAGCUAGAGCUAUAACUAAGACAGGAGUUAAGAUUAGGGUAAGUUUACAAUUAAAACUAAGACUACAGCUAGGCUUAAAUCUAUAAAAUUAAAGCAACAUAAAUUCAAAAAAAAGCUUUUUAGAUGGGCAGUGCAAUACGGAGUAGAACCCACCGUUUUCGAUGCCCAAAGCCAGUUGGGUGGGUUAUGGAAAUACAAAGAAGCAGAAACCGAAUUCAGUACUGUAUCAAAACAUUGUGUCAUCAAUACAUCAAAAGAGCUAACGUGUUAUUCGGAUUUCGUGCCUCAGGCUGAGGAUGCCAACUACAUGCAUAAUACUAGUAAGUUACGUAAUAAAGUGUCAUACCCGCCUUCUAAUAAAAGUUUUGAAAAUAUUUGAAUAUAGCUGCUAUUAAAUUUCAAAAAAAAAUUUUUAAUUAUAAUUACUUGUAAAACAAUCUUAAGGUAAAGCUUUCGUGGUAGGACUCACUGACACCCCUCGACUAAACCAAAAAAAAAUAACUAUUCUUCCCCCUCCCCUUCAAGACACAAUUUACUUUCAGAAGUUUAG